AUGGCGGCGAAAAAGGGAAAGGGAAAGAAGGCAACGGCGGCCAAGGCAAAGGCUGAGGAGCUGCGUCUUAUUCAGCUGCGCACCUUGGAGGCGGAAGCGGAGGAGUUUCAGCGGUCCGAGAAUGAGCGUCGCCAGCACGAUGAGCAAGAGGAGCACAUAGCAUUUCUGCGCGAUGAGCAGCUGCGUAGUAUGCACCAAAAAGACCGUCGUAUUGACGAGAUCAUGCAGGAGCUCACCCGUGUGACGUCGGCAAUGCAGGAUGACAAGAGCAGUUAUGAAAGCCAGAUUCAUCAACUGAGCACGCUGCGCGAUGCGCUUCUGAAUGAGGAAAGCCUCCUGAAGGUGGAGAUGGAGGAGCUGCAUGGCAUUCUGCAGCAGGAGCGCGGGAGUCACGGAGCAUAUGUGCAGCAACUGCGCGAAACUCUGGAGACGGAGCGCAGUCUGCAUCAGGAGGAAAGGCAGCACCUCCGGUCCCAAGUGUGCGAGGCAACGGCCGAGAUGGAGGACAGCAGGCGGCAGCUGCAGCUCGCCUGCGAGCUGCGAGAAUCAGCGGAGCACGAGUUCAAGGUGAAGGUGCGCGACCUGGAAAGGGAACUUGAAAAGGCGCUUACAAUGAACAAGGCUCUACAGGAUGCCGUGGAGGGGCGUGAGAUCGAAGACCGUAAGAACGUGACUCUGCUGCAGCUGUUGAAUGUGCAGCUGGAGUCAGACAAGCGGCGGUAUGAGGAAGACCUCUGCGAAGAACGUGAGCGGACGAGCUGUACCCAAGAGGAGGCAAGCAACCUUGAGGCGAAACUAAAGGAAAGCCAGCAUGAACUGGACACCUUCAAGGAAGAAGCGCGGACAGCGAGGCGGUUGUGUAUGGACGAACUGCACGAGUGCAAGCUGCUCACGGAGCAGUUGAAGUUCGACGCCAAGUAUCUGCAGAGUGAGAUGGAGUCGAUGCGUGCCGAGCACGCCGCCGAGGUGGAGAAGAGGGAGGCGGCCGAGUCGGCGAUACAGGCUGAGGUGCAGCAGUGCAGGGUAGAGCUGGAGGCGUCGCAAAAGAAGAACAACGAGUUGGAGGCGCUGCUGGUGCGCAAAGAGCGAGAGCACUUUGACAAGGUCACUUUUCUGAACGCUCAGGUCGCGAACGGUCGCACUGCGAUUGCGCAACUGCAGGAAAAAAUGGAAAAGGAACGGGCCGAGUACGGGAACGAUCUUCAGCGGCACAAUGAUACGAUUCAGCAGUCCAUGCAAGAGCUGGAACGAAUCAACAGCGCUGAGAGCGCCCAAGCGAGUGAGCGGCACAUGUACGAGCAGCAGCUGAUAACCGACCUGGAUAAGUUCAAGGAGACCAUCAGGGAUCUGCGCACACGCAUGAUGUCGAAAGACGAGGCGUAUGAGCAGCUACGAGAGCUGAAGGAGGGCGAGAUCGAGCGCCUGCGGGGCAUUCUAGACGCGCACUUCAUCCCGCAUCGCCAAAACAUCGAAGUGCCCCGCGAAAGCAGCCGAGUAGACGAACUCUUUUUGGUGUCAGAGCAACUUCGGACACUGAAGAAGGAGAUGGCGCUGAAGGAGACGGCUGCGAAGGAGACGGAAAGAUGGCUCCGUGCACGCAUUGCAGAGCAGGUCGAGAUGAUUGACUCCCUCCAGCUUGACCUCAAGCGCACCGAGCUCUCCCGAAACGAGGCCAUUCGUACGCUGAAAGACGAAGUCGAGAGGCUGCGCAAGACACUCGAAGUCCACUGCAUACCAUGCUCGUAG